CUCGGUGGCGGCACGGCCGUGAGGCAACGGCGGACCCUCGCGAUAACUGUCUUUAAUAUAAGAAAAUGGAAACUGAACAACCAGAGGAAACCUUCCCCAACACUGAAACCAAUAGUGAAUUUGGUAAACGCCCUGCAGAGGAUAUGGAAGAGGAACAAGCAUUUAAAAGAUCUAGAAACACAGAUGAGAUGGUUGAAUUGCGCAUUCUGCUUCAGAGCAAGAAUGCUGGGGCAGUGAUUGGGAAAGGAGGCAAGAAUAUUAAGGCGCUUCGUACAGACUACAAUGCCAGUGUUUCAGUCCCAGACAGCAGUGGCCCGGAGCGCAUAUUGAGCAUCAGUGCUGAUAUUGAAACAAUUGGAGAAAUUCUGAAGAAAAUCAUCCCUACCUUGGAAGAGGGCCUGCAGUUGCCAUCACCCACUGCAACCAGCCAGCUCCCGCUCGAAUCUGAUGCUGUGGAAUGCUUAAAUUACCAACACUAUAAAGGAAGUGACUUCGACUGUGAGUUGAGACUGUUAAUUCAUCAGAGUCUGGCAGGAGGAAUUAUUGGAGUUAAAGGUGCUAAAAUCAAAGAACUUCGAGAGAACACUCAGACAACAAUCAAACUUUUUCAAGAAUGCUGCCCUCAUUCCACCGACAGAGUUGUUCUUAUUGGAGGAAAGCCUGACAGGGUUGUGGAGUGCAUAAAGAUCAUCCUUGAUCUUAUAUCUGAGUCUCCCAUCAAAGGUCGUGCACAACCUUAUGAUCCUAACUUUUACGACGAAACCUACGAUUAUGGUGGUUUUACAAUGAUGUUUGAUGACCGUCGUGGUCGUCCUGUGGGAUUUCCCAUGUGGGGAAGAGGUGGUUUUGACAGAAUGCCUCCUGGUCGGGGUGGACGUCCCAUGCCUCCCUCUAGAAGAGAUUACGAUGACAUGAGCCCUCGUCGAGGACCUCCUCCUCCUCCCCCUGGCCGGGGUGGCCGGGGUGGUAGCAGAGCUCAGAAUCUUCCUCUUCUACCACCCAGAGGAGGAGAUCUAAUGGCCUAUGACAAAAGAGGGAGACCUGGAGACCGCUAUGAUGGCAUGGUUUGUUUCAGUGCUGAUGAAACUUGGGACUCUGCAAUAGAUACAUGGAGCCCAUCAGAAUGGCAAAUGGCUUAUGAACCACGGGGUGGCUCAGGAUAUAAUUAUUCCUAUGCAGGGGGACGUGGCUCUUACGGUGAUCUUGGUGGACCUAUUAUUACUACACAAGUAACUAUUCCCAAAGAUUUGGCUGGAUCUAUUAUUGGCAAAGGUGGUCAGCGUAUUAAGCAAAUUCGCCAUGAGUCUGGAGCUUCCAUCAAAAUUGAUGAACCUUUAGAAGGAUCCGAAGAUCGGAUCAUUACUAUUGCAGGAACACAGGACCAGAUACAGAAUGCACAGUAUUUGCUGCAGAACAGUGUGAAGCAGUAUGCAGAUGCUGAAGGAUUCUAAUGCAAGAUAUUUUUUCUUUUUUAUAGUGUGAAGCAGUAUUCUGGAAAGUUUUUCUAAGACUAGUGAAGAACUGAAGGAGUCCUGCAUCUUUUUUUUUUUUUUUUUUAUCUGCUUCUGUUUAAAAAGCCAACAUUCCUCUGCUUCAUAGGUGUUCUGCAUUUGAGGUGUAGUGAAAUCUUUGCUGUUCACCAGAUGUAAUGUUUUAGUUCCUUACAAACAGGGUUGGGGGGAGGGCAUGCAAAAACUAACAUUGAAAUUUUGAAACAGCAGCAGAGUGAGUGAAUUUUAUUUUUUGUUCUUUGUUGGUGGUUUUAAAAAAAAUUCCCCCCAUGUAAUUAUUGUGAACACCUUGCUUUGUGGUCACUGUAAACAUUUGGGGGGGGGGACAGGGAGGAAAGUAAUAGUCCACAUGUCCCUGGCAUUUGUUCAGAGCAGUGUGCAGAAUGUAAUGCUCUUUUGUAAGAAACGUUUUAUGAUUUUUAAAAUAAAUUUAGUGAAUCUA